AUGGAUAAAUAUCUGCUACUAUUAGUUAUAAAUGCAGUAUUUCAUCAGCAAAUAACGGAUAUAUUAGCUGGGGAUGCCCAGGAUGACUGCCAUAGCCAUUGGCAAUGUGCUGGCUCCUCUUCAUACUGUUGUCGAGAAUACAACGUGAAUAGUGGUCGAAGUUGUCGUAUGAAUGUCUCGUCAUGUUUGGACCGUUUUUGUACAUCAAACCACGAGUGUGUCACACCAGACGAAUGUUGUUGGUCCAACAAAUGUACAAAUUGUUCUUUCUGCGCCGUUAAUUCUGAUUGUGGUACCGCACAAUACUGCUGCAAUUCACGUUCGAAUGGUAGUAAAUGUAGUUCCACUUGUAUAGGAGAGAUUUGCCAACGUUAUUCAGAUUGUGGGGCUCCUGACGAAUGCUGUCGUUCAGAUAAAUGUGUCAAAUGUUCUGAUGCCGGAUGUCGUGAUAAUUAUGAGUGUCCAUCAGGAGAGUACUGUUGCGUGCAAGACAUACAUUUUUGGCUACCCAACGUUAAACAAAACCAUUGUAAUGCAAGUUGCAUCGGUAGGUCAUGUCAUUACCAUGGUGACUGUGGUGGGCUGGGGGAGUGUUGUCAAUCAAACAAAUGCGUCGAGUGUCCUUACGCUGUGUGUAAACAUAGUAGAGACUGCAAUACUGGACAGCAUUGCUGUGGUCGAGAACCAAAAGGUAUUUGUAGUGAAAGUUGUUUGGGGGAGUCCUGUGCGGUUGAAGAACAGUGUGCGCCACAGGAGUGUUGUAAUGAUGAUGGUGUCUGCACAAAAGUUGGCUGUAUGUGCUUUGAAAAUCGCCAUUGCAGUGAUGGUCUGUACUGCUGCCUGGGACCCAAAGAAGGAUAA